AUGUCUGUAGUUCUGCCUGCCUUCAAGGUCACUGAGCUUGUCCAGUGUCUCUGCGAUCCCCAGUACUUCAACCUGCGCAUCUCCGCCGACGACAUCAACCGGCCGACGCCGCAAGUGGUACAAAUGAUAUACGCGGCGUGUCUGGACUACUUCAUGGGGCUACGUCCGGAGUCCCUCGAGGCUCCCAAGACGCUCUUGCUUGGCAGGAUGCAAUUUCCCGAACUCUUCGCUGACUCUGUCCCCCUUAUGAUGUUCCACCAGCACGUCACCAACCUCACCAAGAUCGCCCAGGUCGAUUUCUUCACUCUGCAGGACCUAACGCGGCCAGACGCCGCACGCACGCGCAAGAUCUUAUCCGCGCUUGUGAAUUUUGCUAAGUUCAAACAAGAGCGACAGGCGACGGUUGACGGUGUGGCAGCGCGCAGCGAAGCGUUGAAAGAGCGGCGGGGUGAGUUAGCUGGAGAGAAUGAGCGAUUGCGCAGUGCGACUGCACAGCUGCGUGAACAACGCGCUCAAGAUGAACCACAGGCGAAACAAGCGCGCGUAGAGAUGGAGCAAGCCCUCAGUGAACUAUCCCGCCUCAAGCAACACCAGACAGUCCUCGCGAGCGAGAUUGAUAAACUGAAAAAUCACAAAGGGGAGCUCAACAAGGCUAUCACGCAUUAUCAGAGUCUGUUGCACAAUGCACAGCAAAUCGGUCACACUUCCACCGCUCGCCUUGUGCAAUCGCCUGACCGCCAAAAACGCGCUAUCGCAGAUAUGGGAGACGAGCUAGCUGCCGAACGUGCAGCUGAAGCAGGGCUCGAGAAACGCACCAAGGACCUCAAAAUUCGUCUCGAAUACAUGGACUCGUUUAACAAUGACAUUCAGGCUUGUAUCGCUGUCUUAAACGUCAUAGAAGUCGAGCAAGGUAGAGUUGACGGUGCUUAUAGACACUCAGCUCAUUUGCGUGAUGGGAUCGAUCAGAAACAGAAAGAUCACACCGCACUCUCCGUUCGCUUCCAACAGCUUUCGAGACAGGUCGAUAACGCGCGUGAAAGACUCGAACGCACACAGCGCACGGCUACAGAGAAACGUGAGGCUAUUCGCGCUCAGAUGGCAGCAUUCCGCAGCGAGCACGAGGUUAUCUCCACUGAGAGGACGGAACGGCGGAAAGAGUACGAGGGGAAGCUGGAACGUAACUCCAAGUUGGAGCAGGAUACUCGCGAACUGGAGUUAAGCCACGAACAAGAAAUGAACGCGUUGCAAUCAACGUCAGGCGUCGCCCGCACUAGACUUAUGGAAGAGAAGAAGAUGUGGAGGAAGGAUCAUCCAUUUGGCUUCUGGGCGAAACCGAUGAAAGGUGCCGAUGGCACUCUCAAUCUGCUAGUCUGGGAGGCAGGAAUACCGGGCAAAGCAGGCAGCGCGUGGGAGCACGGGGUAUAUAAGCUCAAUGUGGCAUUUCCAGAGGAUUACCCAUCGAAGCCUCCCAAGUGUAAAUUCACGCCGCCGUUGUUCCAUCCAAAUGUUUAUCCGAGUGGCACCGUCUGCUUGAGUAUCCUCGAUGAAGAAAAGGGUUGGAAACCUGCGAUCACUCUCAAGCAGAUCGUCCUAGGCGUGCAGGAACUCCUGACAGACCCAAAUGCCUCUGAUCCUGCUCAAGUUGAGGCGUAUACCAUGUUCAAAAAUGAUAAAAGUGGUUAUGAGUGGGUUGCUAUCAGCAAAUCACAUACCAUCUAA